GCCGCUCAGCCUAUCGCCGGCCGAGUCGGGACUUCGCUGCGGCAAGUGAUUGGCUGAGUGCAGUAUGACUCACCGACCACAGGCAACCAGGAAGAGGAUCGCGGCGGAGACCGGAGUGCUUUACCGGAGGAGCGAAGGAAGGUGCACUUGGUCAUCACCAUGUCCGCUGUACGCGCCUCUGUUCAUGCCAGGUGGAUUGUAGGAAAAGUGAUUGGGACAAAGAUGAAAAAAACAGCUAAAGUAAGAGUGACAAGGAUGGUGCUGGAUUCCUACUUGCUAAAGUAUUACAACAAGAGGAAGACUUACUUUGCCCAUGAUGCCGAGGAGCAGUGCACAGUAGGUGACGUUGUGCUGCUGAAAGCUUUACCUGAGAGGAGAAGCAAGCAUGUGACUCAUGAACUGUCUGAAAUAAUUUUUAAGGUUGGCAGAGUGGUCGACCCUCUAACCGGGAAGCUGUGUGCAGGCAGCAAAUUUCUAGAGACUUUAGAGGACGUUAAUGUAGAUGAUCUGGAUAAACAUCUCCAGAGUCUGAAAAUCUCAGCUGGAAUAAGUGAAGAGAAGGCGGCAGAUUCAUGAAGAGCUAUGGUUGUUCCCUGCAAACACUUUUUGUACAUUAACGUUACCUUAAACAAGAGUCAUUAAAGUUAUUCAAUUUUUCUACAUUACACAAUUCUCUUUUAUUAUAACUGAAAUAUUUGUUUAAUUUCAUUACUUUACAUUUACUUUAUAUUAUAGCCCAAUAUAAGAUCUGUGACCCCAAAACAAAUGUCUUUUUAGUG